UGGCGCGCGCCUCUUUGGUCUCAGUGGAGAAUUAUUCAUCUUUUUUUUUUUUUUAAUAAAAAAAAAAUUUCCUAUUCCUUCCAAUUAAGUAAUGAAACCUUACAACCGGGAGUGCCGGUGCAUUCAUCCCCUUCCCGAUAAACCCUGAACCCACCCCAAUCCUCCUCCUCCUCCUCCUCCUCAGUGGCUCGGUCUUCGCACUUCUUAUGCUCUGUGGCUUUGCUUCCGCUCUGCUUCCGUUCUCCGCCAUCUGUGAAAAACCUUUUUCAGGGCGAUCUGAUUGGUGCAAGUUUGGGCAGCUGGAAAUGAUAAUAUGUAGCUUGGCCCACUGAAAAUCUAUGUUGCAAUUUUCGUAAACCAUUAUUUUACUUUUGGUGAACUUAACAGUUAGGCAAGCAACGUUUCAUAAAUUCACGUGGAAUGGAAACAUUAGAAUUUGUGGCUGAAAUUCUUGAGUCACGAGUUACACCUCAGUUGAAGAAAAGAAGAAUCUCUUCAGUGAAUGAUCCUUCAUCUCUCAAGGUUUUGAGAGAGAUUGAAUCUUAUUUGCCUUCCUUGCUUUCGCCUGAGUAUUAUAUGAAACCAUGCUUGAAUGAGCUGGUGAUGAGGGAAUUGAUGAAUCCUGGUUAUUCUAGCCAUGUUCCCGAUUUCACAAUUGGAAGAGUUGGUUAUGGAUCUGUUAAAUAUAUGGGAGAAACCGAUGUUAGAUGGCUGGAUUUAGACAAUAUUGUGAAGUUUCACAGGCACGAGAUAGUUGUAUAUGAAGACGAAAGUGUAAAGCCUGCAGUUGGUUGGGGCCUUAACAAGACUGCUGAAGUAACUUUGCUGCUGCAAAAUACAACAGAUAUUGAUGGGGUGCAGGAAGAAAGUAUUGUAAAGAAAUUAAGGCAAAGCACAGAGAGACAGGGAGCUCAGUUCAUAUCAUUUGACCCAGCAAAUGGUGAAUGGAAAUUCUUGGUUCACCAUUUCAGCAGGUUUGGAUUGAGCGAAGAUGAUGAAGAUGAUAUUGUAAUGGACGAUGCAACAGCUGUUCAAGAUCCUGUGGAGAGGAAUGGUGGUGAAGUGUCUGAUAUUGAUGAAGAAACUCCGUUGGAACACUCUGGAAACUUGCUUUCUCAUUCUCUACCUGCUCAUCUUGGGCUAGACCCAAUAAAGAUGAAUGAAAUGAGAAUGUUGAUGUUUCCUGAUGAGGAAGAAGAGGAAGAUGAUUUCAAUGAAAUAAUAUCUCAUCAGAAAUCAUCCUCCUCUAAAGAAUAUGUUAAACCUCAUUUGCAGAAUUCAACUAGGAUUAGCCGUAGAUCUAGUCCAACAGUUGUCCGCAAAACUCCAUUAGCAUUGCUUGAGUAUAACCAUGGGAGUUUUGACUCAAAUUCUCCUGGAACCAUUCUGAUGGCCCAAGAAAAUAAGAGCACCUCUUUGAAGACAUUAAAAGCAGAAGGUUUUAAUCUGGACCUCAAGCGUGAAAUACCAGUAUCUGGAUACCAUUCUCGUAACAUUGUUGAUGCUGGUUUGUUCAUGGGUAGGUCAUUUGGUGUAGGGUGGGGCCCCAAUGGAACCCUUGUUCAUGCUGGUUCACUGGUAGGUGGUAAUGAUUCUCCGAAGGUGUUAUCAUCCGUAAUUAAAUUAGAGAAGGUUGCUAUUGACAAAGUGGUUAGAGAUGAAAAUAACAAAGUGAAAGAGGAACUUCAGGACUUGGCUUUUGAUUCUCUACUAAACCUCCAUAAAGGGAUAAAUCAUGAAGUAAAGGAAGUUGCAUUUGGGGGCUUUAAACUGAAGCUUCAAAAAGUUGUCUCUCAUCGUUUCAUGCUUUCAGAGAUUUGUAGGAGCUAUGCUGAUAUUAUUCAGAAGCAGCUGGAGGUACCUGGGUUGUCUUCCUCUGCUCGAUCAGCGAUGAUGCACCAAAUAAUGGUCUGGGAGUUGAUAAGAGUCCUGUUUUCUGAAAGGGAACACAGCCAACCGUUAAAAUCUAUGGGUGAAGACAAUGAAGAAGACAUGAUGCAGGAUGUGAAGGAAGUUUCUCCUGAAGCUGACCAGGAAGCUCUUCCACUUAUUCGAAGGGCAGAAUUCAGCUAUUGGUUGCAGGAGAGUGUUAGCCCUCGUGUACAACAUGACAUAAGCUCCUUGAAUGAUUCCAAUUAUCUAGAACAAAUAUUUGUACUCCUUACGGGGCGGCAGCUGGAUGCAGCAGUGGAACUGGCUGUUUCUAAAGGAGAUGUGAGACUAGCUUGUUUACUAAGUCAGGCAGGUGGAUCCACUGUCAAUCGUUCUGAUGUUGCAUGGCAGCUUGAUCUUUGGAAAAUCAAUGGGUUGGAUUUUCGUUUCAUUGAGAAGGAGAGGAUAAGGCUUUAUGAGUUGCUUGCUGGCAAUAUUCAUGAUGCUUUGCAUGAUCUUGAAGUUGACUGGAAGAGAUUCUUAGGGUUAUUAAUGUGGUAUAAACUACCACCUGAUGCUUCAUUGCCUGCUGUUUUCUGCACUUAUCAACAUCUUCUUGACGAUGGAAGGGCUCCAUGUCCUGUGCCAGUUUAUUUUGAUGAAGGACUGGUAGAAGAGGAUGUGAUUUGGAGAACAAAGGAGCGCUUUGACAUAUCAUAUUAUCUGAUGCUUCUUCAUGCAAGUGAAGCAAAUGAGUCUGGCUUUUUGAAGAAUAUGUUUAGUGCCUUCUCUUCGACGCAUGAUCCACUUGAUUAUCACAUGAUUUGGCAUCAAAGAGCAGUGUUGGAAGCUGUUGGUACUAUCAGUUCAGAUGAUCUUCAUGUUCUUGACAUAGGACUUGUUUCUCAACUCUUGUGUUUGGGGAAAUGUCAUUGGGCCAUUUAUGUGGUCCUCCACAUGCCAUAUCGUGAAGAUUUUCCAUAUCUGCAGGCUAACCUUAUUAGGGAGAUCUUGUUCCAAUACUGUGAAUCUUGGAGUUCUCAAGAACAUCAACGCCAAUUUAUUGAGAACUUGGGUGUUCCCAUGCCAUGGUUGCACGAAGCAAUGGCAGUUUAUUACAGCUACUACAGAGAUCACUCAAAGGCUCUAGAACACUAUCUUGAAUGUGCCAAUUGGCAAAAAGCUCAUACUAUUUUUGUAACUUCAGUUGCACAUAAACUAUUCUUGUCAGCCAAGCAUUCAGAGAUAUGGAGGCUUGCUACUUCGAUGGAGGACCACAAGUCAGAAAUUGACAAAUGGGAUUUGGGAGCUGGAAUUUACAUUUCAUUCUAUUUAUUGAGAAAUUCAUGGCUGGAAGAUAACAAUUCCAUGAGUGAAUUGGAUUCUCUUGAGAGCAAAAGUACUGUUUGUAGAAACUUUCUUGGUCAGUUAAACGAAUCUUUGGCAGUUUGGGGUGGUAGAUUACAUGUUGAUGCCAGAGUAGCAUAUUCAAAGAUGGCUGAAGAAAUAUGCAGUAUGCUAUUAUCCGAGAGUGGAGAGGGCUCCACGCGCGAUGUUCAAUUAAGCUGCUUUGACACUGUUUUCAGUGCUCCAAUUCCUGAAGACGUCCGGUCAAGUCAUUUGCAAGAUGCAGUGUCUCUUUUUACAUGCUUUCUGUCAGAAGUGGCUACCUAAAAAUAUUUUGUUCCAUCUUUCUUUUGUACGGGAUUCGAAUCUCCUUGUUAAUUGCAUGGUGUAAAAACUUGAUCAUCUUUGCAAUGAUGAUGGAAAAUUUGUUUCA